UAGAACACGAACUUCAUAUACUUGUACCUGUAGGCGUAACCUAUGUCAACUCAAAGGGAAAGCACAGAGAGCAGAGCUACGAGGAAGCGCAUGAAACCAGCGGUGGAAGAAAAGGCAGGAGAUGAAGCAGAAUCCAUAACUGAACAGGAGGAAGAAUUUGAGACGAACAUUACUGGACUUGAAGAAAUGGAACUCAGUAUCUCUCUUAUUCUUGAGAAGAUUGAAAAUUAUACUCAGAGGGUAUCUGAGCUCCUAGAAUCAGGGAAAACCAUGUUUAAGGAGCUAAGCAAUGAAUUUGAAGAAAAACUGAUUAUGAUUCAUAAGGAGCAAGUAGAAAAAUGGCAGGAAGAAAUCAAAGAAUUGCGUGCACUUGAUGCCUCAAACGAGGAAGCGAAUGCUCUCUUGCUUAAUGCUCGAUAUCUUCUUCAGAUCACUCGUAAUGAUUAG